AUGGCGUGCCCAUUCUUGCGAGAUGUGGUGGAUGAAGAAGCACUUGUGCUCAGGAGAGCAUUCAGGCGAGAGAGGGUCUUCAGGGACUGGUUGGACCCACUGGCCUUCCCUGAUGACCAUCUAUAUGAAAGAUACAGAUUUUCUGCAGAUGGCAUUAGGUAUCUGUGCAGAAUGCUCGGUCCCAGGCUUAAGCACCGCACAGCACGGAGCCAUGCACUGAGUGUGGAGCAAAUGGUUUGUGUGGCCUUGCGCUUUUUUGCUAGUGGAGCGUUCCUGUACUCAGUGGGAUGCAGAACAGCUGAACAAGGCCAAAUUUGCCGCACAAUAAGGAGUGUGUGUCUGGCUAUCAAAGCAUUAGCAGAUGUCUUCAUCUCCUUCCCUGGCCACAGAAGACUCUGUGACAUCAAAGAGGAGUUCCAUAGGAUUGCAGGUUUCCCCAAUGUCAUUGGUGCACUGGACUGCACACACAUAAGGAUAAAAGCCCCCUCAGGUGCCCAUGAGGCGGAUUUUGUGAAUAGGAAAUUCUUUCACAGCAUUAAUGUUCAGAUGGUCUGCAAUGCUGACUGUGUGAUCAGCAAUGUUGUGGCAAAAUGGCUUGGCUCAGUCCAUGACUCCAGAAUCUUUCGGGCCUCUGAAAUCUAUCAGUGCCUAUCACAAGGUGAAUUCUCUGGUGUGUUGCUGGGAGACAGGGGGUAUGGCUGCCAGCCUUUUCUCCUGUCACCUUUCACAGACCCAUGCCAGGACCAGGGCCAGAGUUGAAAUGACCUUUGGCCUCCUGAAGGCACGCU